GGAAGAGAAAAAAAGUCAUGGCUGCAGUGUUCGGUGGUGUAGAAGGCGGUGGGACCCACUCGAAGGUGGUACUGAUAUCUGAGAAUGGGAAGAUUUUGGCCGAGACAGAUGGACCAUCAUCCAACCACUGGUUGAUGGGGGUUGACAAGUGUGUCAAGACUAUCUAUGACAUGGUGCAACAAGCCAAGAAAAAGGCGGGCCUAGACCCAGAUACUCCACUUCGCUCACUGGGUAUGUCAUUGAGUGGAGGAGAACAGAAGGAUGCCAUAAAUGAGCUCAUAUGUGAGAUGAAGACAACGUUUCCCAAACUCAGCAUUGAUUAUUACAUCACUAACGAUGCAAUUGGCGCAAUAGCGACUGCCAGUGACCACGGGGGAGUAGUUUUGAUCAGUGGAACAGGCUCUAACUGUAAGCUAGUGAACCCUGAUGGAAGUCAGGUUGGUUGCGGAGGCUGGGGUCACAUGAUGGGUGACGAGGGGUCAGCGUUCUGGAUCUCCCAUCUGGCAGUGAAGACUGUGUUUGAUGCCAGGGACAACCUGGCCACACCCCCCCAUGAUGUCACCCAUGUGAAGAAGGUCAUGGAGGAGUACUUCCAGGUAUCAGACUUGAUGGGGAUGCUCCCUCAUCUUUACAGAAACUUCCAGAAGUCUCACUUUGCUGGGCUGUGCCAGAAGCUAGCUGAAGGAGCGUUGGUUGGUGAUGCUUUGUGUCAGUACGUGUUCACCAAAGCAGGCGAAAUCCUGGCCCGGCACAUAGUGGCUGUACUCCCCAUGGCACAGCAGUCACUUUUGUCAGAUGAGCAGGGUCUACCCAUCCUGUGUGUUGGUUCAGUGUGGAAAAGCUGGGAGCUCUUGAAGCCAGGUUUCACGAAGGUCCUGGCAGAGUUGGCGUCCACGCCAUCCUUCAGGGGCCGUUUCCAUGGUUACAACCUCCUGACUCUAAAGCAGUGGUCAGGUUCAGCGCUUGGCGGUGCCAGUCUUGGAGCAAAGAGCGUGGGCAUAACAGUGAGGCUUGACUACUUGGCCAAUGCACAGGUUUUCUACCGACAUUCCUUCAAUAGCAGCCAGAAAUGAGCUCGGAACCAGGUCUGGACCAAAAAGAACAAAUCCUUGCAAGCCUGGCCAGGACUCAGUUGAAACUAACAUAACUAUCUAGUGUACUGUAAAUCGUAAGAACAGCACUAUUUGUAUGUUUAAUCAUCAUGAGUCAAUAGAUUCCCUGAAGACUCUUUUGAAUAACUAUAAUGCAAUUAUAAAAUAUAAUUUUUUUUAAAGAAUCUGUUUUGUCUCACAAAAAAAUCUAAAUAUUUUUCCUUUCUUUCACUCAUUAUUAUUUUGUACCUUACCGACACAAGACUGCUGCAAUCUACACAACAAAGAUACCAGCUGGCUUGGUCAGAACAGUAAGGUUGACAGACAGUCCCCGUUUUUGGUGGCCCGGGUACAGCUGUCUGUGGAAAUGUUACACGUGAGCCCUUGGAAAAAUAAAAAAGUUAUGUAUCGUAAAAGCCUUCC